UUUCCGAUUAAUCAGGCUGAGACAUGAGAAACCCACCGCAUAUAAAGGACAGACACUGAGGGGAAGUGAUCUCUGUCGUCCUGAGGGGCCCCUUGAGCUCACAACACUGAACUGAUUAAUAUGUAAACAUGCCCAUUAAUCCACGCAUGGCUCUUAAUUGCGGGAUACUUCCGAAGAGUGCAGUGGCUACACACAAAGAAUGGGCGUGAGUUGUCCCUCGAAACGAAGCCCAGAGACUUUGGCUUUUUUUUUGCACCAGCGAUCUGAGCGCUCAGUUCACAGUCUGCGAGAGACAGAGAGCAUGUAACAGCGGGAUGGAUGGCACAGGAUUUACAACAACACUUGUCUGAAUACUCUCCCAAAACCAACUAAGACGCACAGGAGGGAGGGGAGUAUCCGCCGGAGAGAGUCUGAGUGCGUUAGUGUGUCAGAAGGUGUUUGAGAGAGUACGGGGGCAUCACAGAGAGAGGAAAAGCGAGAGGGAAAGAGAGAAGGGAGUAAGUCUGGACCAGGUGAUCGAAUAGAAACCUCCAAGGGGCUGUCAUCAGUGUGCACGGGACCAGCGAUCUGACCAUGGUGCCAGCGCGCUUCCCGGGACCCUGUGCCAUACUGGCACUGACUCUCCUCUUGGGAUGCGGCGUGGUUUUCUGCGUCGGCCAGAACGAGACGGAGCCCAUCGUGCUCGAAGGGAAGUGUCUUGUGGUUUGCGACUCGAACCCUUCUUCGGACGGAGGGGUCACCUCCUCACUUGGCAUAUCUGUCCGCUCCGCUGGGGCAAAGGUGGCUUUUUCCGCGGUACGUGGGACCAACCACGAGCCAUCGGAGAUGAGCAACACGUCAAUGACCAUCUAUUUUGACCAGGUUUUAGUGAACAUCGGCAACCAUUUCGAUCUCAAAGCAAGUGUUUUCCAGGCUCCAAGGAGGGGGAUAUAUAGUUUCAGUUUCCACGUGGUGAAGGUGUACAACAGGCAAACCAUACAGGUGAACCUGAUGCAGAAUGAUUAUCCAGUUAUAUCAGCAUUCGCCGGUGAUCAGGACGUGACGAGAGAGGCGGCCAGCAAUGGAGUACUGCUGAUGGUUGAGCGCGAGGACCGCGUGUAUCUGAAGCUGGAGCGGGGCACACUAAUGGGUGGAUGGAAGUACUCCACCUUCUCAGGCUUUCUAGUCUUUCCUCUAUAAUCUAAUCUGUGAUGACCCACGUCGCCCGGGAGGGACUCUGCUUAGGUUGAGGAACGGAAAGAGAAAUAAAAAAAAAAACGAAAAAAAAAAAGAGAAAAAACCCAUGCCAUUUAUUUUCAACUUAAAUAACUGUCAGCCAAGGAAGCCGACGAAUAUCUGUAUACCUACUCUCGUCCACUAUCUUGUCAAAUUGAACGUUUCCUUGGAGUUUCAUAUAUUCAAAUCCAUAAAUCAACUUUAACGCAAUCUGGAUGAUUAGACGUAUUGAUCGACCAGUGGCAUUUGCUUGUCGGGUAUGUGGAUUUUUUUUUCUUGCUUGGAAAACAAACUUUGCCAACAGACAAACGGGCGCACCUGGACUAAAUGGACAAUGGAGAAGAUGAGGGGGAACUGAUGUCCUGGACAGGCCGAGUGUGUUAUGCUCUAUUUUAUGUUUGUAUAGCCUUAAAGAAUAUUAUGGUCCCUGUCCAAGUGAAGUAUAAGGAAUUAUGGACACCCAGAGAAAAAGUGCUUUCACACCCAAAGCAUCUUUUUGCACGAACGAAAGUUUUUUUUUUUCUUUUCUUUUUUUUCUUGUUAUCUCUUUAUGUUUUGUGCUGUCAAUGGUGUUGCGUUUGGAUGCUGAACAUAUUGAAAACAAGCCAAAUGUAGGCCGCCGAUGAGUUUAUUAAAAGAGAAAAAAGGCGACAUAGUUCAGCCACCGGAGAUGAUUUAGAGCCCUUUUAUUUAAAAAAAUAAUGACAUAAUUUAUAAAGUACAUAUUCACAUUAUCGUGUGUUCUACAUUUCGGAAUCUGCGUAGCUUUGACUGAUUUAAUGUUCAGUGACGUUGCUCACCAAAUGUACAUUGUGGAAAUAAUAGAAAAAUCCCUAUAUGUCCCGCUUAAUAAAAGAUAUUGUAUUGUA